AUGGCAGAAAAGCGUACCAAGCCUCUUAGCGAAGGUGGUAUAGGCGGUGGUGACAAACCAACCCUAGCAGUUUCCGCACGCAAAACACGAUCGUGUGCUGAAUGCCGACGACGACGAAUCAGAUGCGACGGCGAACAAGUCCCUUGUGCCCAGUGUGUCUACUACCAAGUCCCGGAGCGCUGUUACUAUCCCCAGAGACAGUACCGUCGCGUCACCACAGUAAAAGCUUAUGAAAGUUUAUCAGACGCAUACAGCACAGUUGAAAGAAUUCUCGAGCGCCUGUUUCCCGGCCUAAGUAUCCAAUAUCUCGAUACACUGUCCCGUGACGAACUCAUCAGUCUUAUUUGCCAUCAGCCCGUCACUGAAUCUGCGCACGCAGAAGCAGAGCAGAAUUCAGACCCAGCAGCGACAGAGAUUUUGUUGGGUUUUGAAGGUUCACGAACCCAAGAAUUUAUCUGGAACGAACGUUUCGAUGGUGAAAAUCAACAACGCCAGGUUGGAAUCGACGAUGUCAAUGGAGUUACCGCUCUCUUUGAUACGGAUAGUGGCCGCUCAUACCUAGGGAUAUCUUCAGUCCCAGCAAUACUCCAUGUAAUGGCUUACACUUCACCUCAUCUUAGUUGCGCCAUACAGACAGCGAAGAUGGCAGUCAACCAGGAGCCAACCAAUGCACCAUUACUUGACCUACCACUAUUGUUCUCACAUGUUCCACGUCCGCCAACAACUCAACGGCAGGUGACGGAUGAAGCCGCCUUGAUCGACGCAUACUUUCGAUUCCUGCAUCCCAUACUUCCUAUGGUGGAUGAAACCGACUUUCGUCAGUGUUAUACCCACGGCGGCAGAACAGAUCAUGCUCGUGGUCCGUGGCUCGCAUUGAUGAAUAUGGUUCUUGCGUUUGGCUACAUAUCCUGUAACGAUGAUAAUAAAGCCGGGCAUUUGUAUUUCUCUCAGCGAGCAUUAGAGCAUAUGAGCAUUUCAUGCUUUGGUGUGGGUCAUUUGUAUAUGCUGCAGGCUCUGAUCCUCUUCGGUGGCUGGUAUCUACAUUUCCUGAACAAGCCAAAUAUGGCGAAUGCUAUUCUAGGUGCAGCUCAUCGCAUGGCUCUGGCAAUGGGUUUGCAUCGAGAGAUACCGUUGGAUAAGACCGCUUCGGCUGAUAGUCAAUGGUUGGCCGGUGUACGCACUAGGACUUGGUGGUGUCUAUUCUGUCUCGAUACUUGGGCUGGAACUACUCUUGGCCGUCCACCAUGCCAUGUUCCGGGUAUGGCUGGCUUGAAUGAAGCUUCGGCAAUAUGCCAUGGGUUCCUGAAUUACGGUACUAUCUCGAUGGAAGCGAGCGUAACAUUUUCCAUUAUUGCUGCUCGCAUACAGGGACGGAUAGCUAAGACACCGUUGAUUCCACCCGCUGCUGUAAAACAGUUUGAUGCCGAACUUCUCAACUGGUAUGACAAUCAUCAUCUUGUAUUUCAAGGAGACCAUGAGCCCUACGAGAAAAUUCCUGUAGCAGCUCUCCUCAUCGAGUACCGAUAUUUGAACACACGUAUGCUCCUCCACAGACCAUCUUUGCUCGUUCAGUGCGUAAAGGCUGGUAAUGUCCAUAGUGACAUGGCGUCUUUUGCAAAAAUCUGCUGCUGUGUCGCCAAACAGACAGUAGAUACAAUCGCAAAAACUUGGUACCCAAAUCAGCUCCUGUCAUGGAAAGCAUCUUGGUUUCUGUUCCAAGCUUGCCUGGUCUUGCUGCUCAACCUUCUAUCCACUUCGGUUUCGCCUUCUGAAGCAAACGAGUUAGAGGAUUACAUCGCUCGAUCGAUGGAUUUAUUCGCCAAAAUGUAUCCCUGGCGAACUGCACUAAAGCAAGGGCAAGACCUCAUACAAUUUAUCUUACUGUCUCGCAAUCAAAGUAAUGAGGGUUGGGGAUCAAAUUGGUUCAUAUCAGAUGACGAACUCGUGAGCUUACUAGGAAUCUCUGAACUGACGGGAGAGUGUACUUAG